AUGGCCAUUCCCAAUCAAUUGCUCAUUUGUUCGGCCAUCAAGGUCCUUAUUGUGCUUCUCACAAUUGUGACGCUGAUUCUUCUCGAUCCGGCCUACGUGACCGCCUACAUUUCAAUUAACUAUGAAAUUGUGAUAAUCUACAUUGUGUCGGCUCUCACGCUGCUCUACUGCAUCGUCUCGGUCGUCAUGUACUUCUUGCUGUCGAAACGCGGCGAGGACACGCCGCUCACCAACUGCGCCAUGUCGGAGGUGAUAUUCGCGACCGCCGGAAUCAUGGGCUGGCUGAUAAUCAUCGGCAUCGGCGGCACCAUCUCUCAACGGACCAUCAUUGAGACCGGCGAGCGUUUCGGAUGGAUCGGCGCGAUGGCGGGCCUCAACACCGGCUGCUUUUUGGGAAUCGCCGCGAUUUUCGCGUUGAACGUGAUCAACGAGAAAAUCCUUCAACGACGCUCAAGAUACAACAAAUACGAUCGAGGUUAUCCUCAAUAA